GACUUUAGCAGUGAGGCUAGGAAAUUCGAUCGGUUAACAUAUCGGCGAUUUCGAAACGAUAGUUUUAUAGUUUUCCAACAAAAGGGAAAGUUAGCUGAGAAAACAAUAACAAUCUCACGGAUAAAAAUCUUUUUGAUUUUGUUUGAAGUGCACCCAAGGUUUCCCCAUCAAUCAAAGUAUCUGCUAAACAUGCUGUUUUGUUUAAACUAAUGAUAUAGAACGAGUACUGAAUUUCAUUCCCGAUUAAAGUUAUUUCUUGCUGGACUUAGUCCUGAUAAGUGAUAUGUGAUACUAAACAUAAGAAAUACUAUAGAUUUUCAAAGGCAAAAUAGAUAUCGGGUUGUGUCCGAAAAUUCAUUGAAUUGUUUCACAGUGGACGUGAAAAACUUCAAAAUUCGCUCAAGACCGAAUGGAUAAUGGGUAUUUGCCUAGACACAGACGCGAAUACGUCACAGGAAGCAGAAGAUCCAGGAGCCGACUGGAAAGGCGGUGGGCAUCCACGGUCAGCACCAAUACGAUCCGCCUCAUUAGCAGGAAUGCCAAUGCAAAACGCAGGCAAAAUCAAAUUCGAACCUCCCAAAGUACCCGUGAUAUUUGUUUUAGGUGGCCCAGGUAGUGGUAAAGUAACACACUGUGAUACACUAAUGCAGGAAAAGCGUGGCGUCACACAUAUUAAUAUGAUGGAUCUUUUACAACAGUAUGCAAUAGGGAAUGACAUGCAGGAUUUCUCACAAUUGUCAUCGAAGACAGUAACAGAAGUCCUUAUGCUGGAAAUGAAAAUGGCUCCAGCAGCCAAAGCCUACCUCAUCUCGGGAUAUCCGCGUUCAAUGCGUGAUGUCGUCGAGUAUUCAGAAAAGAUUCAAGUUGUCAACGGCGUAAUAUUAAUUUCGUGGCGCCAAUCAAUACUGCAGAAACAAAUUGAUUACGGUGCCAAAUUGGGUCAUGUGGUUCUAUCUUUAGCCAAAAUGGAAUUGGAUAAUUUCUUCAAGAAUGUGAUGCCCGUUGCGGAUUAUUUUGAUCAGAGUGAUAUGUUAGUAGCGGUUAAUGGUGAACGUGCUCCGGCCGAAGUAUAUAAAGAUUUUCGAGCUGCCGUCCUAGAUAUUCUGGGGGCACUCGAAAAUCAAGAGGCUAUCCUAAAUGGAGUAACAGGUAUGGGCCGGGGCGCUAAUGAUAUACCGGGCAGUAUAGUUAGUGUUGAAACAGCACCUAGUCAACACAAGAAUAAUAAUAUUACAGAGUCGACGGAUGCUAAUGAGCUACCCACAGCGAACGUUCAAAAUGAUCCAACCGCGCUAAUGGGACAAAACAUUCGUAAUAAUUUUAACUAUGUGCCAGCAACAACCACAACAGCAACAACGAAUCUAAAUGCUAGUGAACUUCCACCAAUUAUUUGGGUAAUUGGUGGCCCGGGUAGUAAUAAAGCGACGUUGUGCCUGAAAGCGGUUGGAUUGAAUCCUGGCUGGGGUCAUUUUAGCAUUGGUCGACUACUGAGAAACAUGGCCGACACAGCGCCACGAGUGAAUACGGAAAACUAUGCUAUCAAGGAAGCACUUUCGUCCGGUGAAAUGAUUCAUGAAAAUACAAUAAACAAUUUAAUAGCCAGCAAUUUGAAUCAGCUGAAAGACCGUCGAGGAAUUAUCAUCGAUGGAUAUCCCAGGCAUAUGCAGCAAGUUAGGACGUUUGAAGAGAAGUACAAACAACAACCUCCAAUUAUCCUUUUGGAUUGUUCAAAAUUACAAUUGGGUCGUGGACGUAUUGAUGACACGGUAUCAUCAUUUCGGCGACGUUUGGAACUAUUUCGGGAACUUACACUUCCCAUGCUCAGAACUUUAGACACGAAUAACCGUUUAACAAUUGUCGAUGGAGACACAGACAGUCCCUCGGUUCAACGAGAAUUCGAGAAAAUUAUUCGGUCAUUGAUUCAACAAAUGACGACUUAUAACAACGCCAACGAGGCGAACCCUCAUCAAAACUACAACCCCUUCAACGAGAAUGCUCUGGAUAACGUUCAAAAUGGUGAUAACAUCUUGCAGGAUUUUGAAGAUAACGUACCAGGUACUGUGCCAACCAUUAGCCAUCAUGUUAGUUUAGCAAAUGGCCAUCUACGAAAUCGAAGUUCAGCCGGUGCUGGACCCAAUCACAGUUCUGUUUACUCAGCGAAAAAACCAGCGAACAAUCCGAAUCAAAAUCAACAAAACGGAUACAUCCCAAAUGGCGGAUUCAACUUUCGUGAUGUCCUACAAGAGGCGGAAAAUAAUCCUAUCGAUUCGUAUAUGUAAUUUUAGAAAAUUCAUUUUGAGCAGGACUUCUUGCUCAAUCAAAAUCGAAAAAAAAAAUUAUUUCAAUUAAGUUAUGAUGAAUUGAGAAAUGAAAUCUUAUUUUUUUCAAUUCGCGCGUACUUUGCCCCCUCAAAAAAACAAUUGUAGCUUUAAAAUAUUCAGAAUAUUAUUGAUUGGCGCUGUGCCAAGGAAAAUCUUUUAAAAUAUUUUAGAUAAACUAAGCAUUUAGUAGACAUAAAUUUAAGAACAAAAAUAUAUCAUUAUAUUAGUGCAAAUUUCUCACAGAUUAUUUACACACAUCUUGAGUGCUGUAAGGUCAUGCGAAAGGAUGAAUUUCACAUGAAAUUGCCGUUUCGAUUCUAAAAAUACAAUUAUAGGAAAUCAAAUUGAAAUAAACAAAAAAAAGAUAUAAAAAUCUAUUAAAAUAUUUUACGAUACUUUUGUACUGUCUCAUGAUGGUUUUUGGAAACCGCAUCUUUUUGUAAUAGUCACUCUGUAGCGUAUAGAUUUUGGAUAGCAUCUAUAUAUUUUUAAAGCGUUUAGAGUUUAGACAAUGUUACUCGUGCAAUUCACGCCUAUACUCGUAUAUCUCAAUUGUUAUCAUCUGAACCUAAAUUUCAAAUGAAGUCGUAUCUAUAGCUUAAGAACAAACUGAGUUAUUUUAGAUAUCAUUCGAUUUGUUAUGUAUUCUUAUUAUAUAAUCACAAAAAGCAUGAAUUUGAAAUUAUUGUUGAAAGCGAAUCUGAGAUUCGCAUAUAUUUUUACAAAAAUCCACAAAAGUUACUAAUCCAUGUUAAUGAAAAUUAGAAAUAGUACUCGACUAUCGGCAUUGACGAACAGAUGAAACACAAAAACAAAAUAAUAAUGUUGAUCAUUAUUACAGUUUUAAGGAAAAUAUUCUCUUCUUUCGUUACUAGGUAGUCUAAUAAUAUAAAUAAAGAGCAAAUGUUUAUACAAUACUUCAA